AGGCAAAGCACUGCGAGUGAACCUCAAUAGUUUUGUAAUUGUUUGUCGGGUAACAUGACAGCCCAUGGCCUCCACGCCCCAGACUUUUCAACUUCCAGUGAUGCUCUUGUUGUUAUUUGGACAGACGGGACGGACUCCUCCCCCCCCCCCCCUGCCCCCCACCGUGCUUGAAAUGCUGUAUAAAUGCAGGAUCAGUGCGUCAGCAGCAGUGUCUGAAAGCUAAUUGGCGCCCAAACAUGAAGGGACUGAGUUUGGUUCUGCUCGUUCUUCUCCUGAUGCUCGCGACUGCAGAGGGAGACGAUCCAGAGAUGCAGCAUUGGACCUGUGGGUACAGAGGACUCUGCAGACGGUUCUGCUAUGCCCAAGAGUAUAUUGUUGGACACCAUGGUUGUCCUCGAAGAUACAGGUGCUGUGCAGUGCGUUCCUAGCACUCUGCCGGUGGUCCGGAGAUGCCUGCUUGAUGCUAGAAGACCUCCGGUAUAUUCUGCGCAGGCGGCCGGGACACUGCUUCUCUCCCGUUGCCCAAUUUGGUCUCCAAACAUCUUGGUCUUCAACAGAGUGUUUCUGAAGUGUUGUUUCGCAAAUUGAAUUAACAGCCAUUAGAUAAAAUAUUAGAAACGUCACAUUUUUUGCGCUUGCCAAACUGAAAAUGUCUAGUUUGUGAUUUGCUUUGCCGACCAAUAAA